AUAUAGAUCUCAACGGGAGCUCAACUCACCCUCGCAGCGCAGUCAGCGAAGGCAAAGGCCGCCGGGAUCCGCGCGCGGCCCAGCACACCGCCGCGGCGAUGGCCGACGACGUGCGCGAGCUCCUCCUCUCUACCACCGCCGACGCCGACCCUUCGACGCCCCUCUCCGCGCCCGACCUCCGCCUCCUCAUCGACCGCCUCCGCCUCCGCUCCGACCGUCUCCACGCUUCGGCAAUCUCUUUCGCUGCCUCCCACCGCGGGGCUCUCGCCUCCGCGCUCCUCCGCGCAGCCUCUGCCGCCGACUCCUCCGCCUCCCUCGAAUCCUCCCUCGCCGCCGCGCUCUCCCCGCUCUCCUCCUCGCCAGAUCUCUCCGACCUCAGGACCCUCGUCGACCGCCUCCUCGCCGCACGCCGCGAGCUCGCCGAGCGCCAGGAGCACCUCGCCGCCGCCUCCUCCAUCGCUUCGCUCGCCGCCCGCCUCCGCGAGGCCCGCGCCGCAGCGAAUCCCCUCUACACCGCCGCCGCCGCCGCCGAGCUGAAGCCCCUCCUGAUCGACCCUGAGCGAUCCGGAUCCGGCCAAGACGAUCCGGUCGUGUUUGGGCUCCUCCGGAGCGACUGGGAACAGCUAGUCGACGAGCUCCAAGUGGGGCUCGCGAAGAAUGUGGAAGAGUGCGUGGAGUUUGCACCAGAGGGAGGGAAGGUGGUGGUGAGGGCUGCUCCGAGUGGCGGUUCCAGUGGAACGCGUGGUGUUGUGCUUCCUGUGGCGCUGCAGGCAUUGGAGAUGAUCGAUGCCCUAGACUAUGGGAUGGCAAAAGUUGCAGACUUGAUGAUGAAACAUGUCCUGGUUCCAGCAAUCAGUAACAUAUCAGUUGCAAUUUCUGUAGAAGUGCUUGAGGAAGGUGGUCCAGAACGCUCUGUAUCAGUCUUGAGCAUAGUCCCUUCAGUGGAACAAAAAGACAACAAAGAUGGUUCAAAUCUGUACUCAAGAAUAAUUGAUAUCAUCAAGUUCGUGUGCAAGUUUAUUUGCAUGGAAAAUAGCAAGUGGGUGCAGUCUUUUGCAAAGUUAACCUGGUUAAGCAUUUCUGACCUGGUUAUCACACACUUUCUCUGCAAGGCUGUUCCCAAUGAGGCGUCCAAGCUAAUUGAGUUCCAAGAUGUUGUGAGAAGUACAGCUGAAUUUGAGAACAAAGUUAGGAGUAUGAUGUUUAUUUCGCCUGAUAGAAAGGAUGGCAAGUUGACCCAAUUUGUUGAUGACGUUGAAGUUCAUUUCGCUGUAAGGAAGAGAAGUGAGAUCUUGGUGAAAGCAAGAGACAUUCUUGUACAAUAUGAUUAUGAUAAUCCUCUGGAAUCUAAUGACCAAGAUGAUUAUGUUGUUGAUUUACUUUUCCAACCAGAGAAAUGUUUUAUAUCUAAAUCAGCACUUCAAUUAAUGAAAUUGGUUCAUGGAGCCCUCAAGGAUGCCUGUUUGUCAUCCACAAGAGUUGCUAAGGAGUUCUGCUAUGCUGCUAGGGAUGUCUUACUCUUGUAUAAGGCUAUUGUGCCAGUUCAGCUAGAGAAGCAACUCGAUAGUAUAAGUCAAGUGGCUGCUAUUGUUCACAACGACUUCUACCAUUUGUCCCAAGAAAUUAUUGGCCUUGCAUUCCAGUACCGUGCAGAUUUUCCUAGUGGUCUACAAAAACAUGUUGUUUUUGUGGAUUUAGCUCCACUCUUCUCCCAGAUGGCAGAUGGUGUAUUGAGAAGACAAAUACAACUUGCUAUUGAUACCAUAAGCGAGGCUAUAGAUGGCGCUGAUGGUUUUCAGAACACACACCAACCUCAGCAUUACGAGUCAGCAAAAUUUAGUAUUGAGCAGGUUGUGUUCAUUUUAGAAAAGAUACGCAUCAUGUGGGAAUCGAUACUACCGAGAUCAACUUACAGGAAAAGUAUGUGCCAUGUCCUUGGAUCUGUCUUUUCUAGAAUCUCAAAGGAUGUGCUUCUGAUAGAUGACAUGGCAGCAGAAGAGACAUUACAGUUGCAAGGCCUUAUCCAUUUGGCUCUUGAAAACCUCUCUUCGCUCUUUCUUUCCCUGGUUGAGAACAAUGAUGGCAGCAAAAAGUUGUUGGACCAUCAUACUUGGAUCCAACUGGAUGAAGUUGUACCAUCUUUGAAAAAGUUCCGGAAGCUAGCAGAGUUGCUUGAUAUGUCAUUGAAGUCCAUCACAGCUGCUUGGGAAAAUGGAGAUCUAGUUAGCUGUGGUUUCACAUCAUCUGAGGUGCAAAAUUUUAUCAAAGCAACAUUCGCUGACUCACCUCUUAGGAAGGAGUGCCUAGGAUGGAUCGUCAGGACACCGGCUUAGGAUGCAGAAACAACACAUUUGUUUUUACCGCUUAAUGAUUAAUUGUUUUCCUAUUUGUUUUUGUACACCAUAUUAGUAAGUAUAAUUGGCAUGGGAGUUCAGUCGGCACUGAAUGAGAUUGUCAUCUCUGAUCCCCUAGUUCAAUAUUCUAAAAAGUUAAAAUUGCAUGGGCUAUGGACCAGGGAAUACUAGGUAAUACAUGUUCAUUUUACUCAAUUCUCCCCAA